AUGCGGCCGCGGCGCCCGCCCAAGGGCAGUGGCGCCAGGGCCCCGGGGCAGCUCCUCCAGGCGGGCCCCGGCGCGCACGUGCGCUCUGCCGCCCUCGCCUGGUCUGAGAACGGGCGCUCCGGGGCGUUCGAGAGGUUCACGCUUGCCCUGGAGCACGAGAUCAACGAGGGCAGGUUUUACCUUGAGCCGAUGGUCAACGGGGACGUCGUGUGCGUCACCCCGACGAUCGGGCUGCGCCUUGUGAACGACGAGGGCCAGGUCCUGCUGCAGCUCGGCAAGUGGUCAAGCAGCAGGGUGCACGUCCACGGCCGGCUGCCGAGCAUCGUGCGGCGCCCAGAGGAGAGGCUCGUGGACGCGUUCGGGCGCCUGACAGAGGGAAAGCUGGCCCCCUUCAUGGGCCAAUUCGAGGAGACCUUCACAGAAGAGGUGGACAAGCUGGGGCGCGACAUACACGCGACGUUCCGCACGAGGUACCUGCAGGUGAUCCAGCACGCGUGCCUCUCAGGGUCCGAGUGGCAGCAGAGGAUGCGCAGGAUGAGCAAUUCGGCGGCCGGCGGCGCGGACCCCAGUGUGCCGGCGUCGCUCUCGCCGGCCGCCGGGAGACGCGGCGAGCUGACCCGGAUGUCCACGUCCACGAGCGACUUCUGCGACGCAUCCCAGGCGCUCCGGGAGUCCCCCAGCAGGGGCAACGGGCGGAAGCUCACCAUCGGCCAGGGCUCCAGCAGCAGCGGCGCCAUCACCAGCAGCGGCGCCAUCGCCAGCAGCAGCACCAGGGGCUCCAUCUGCAGGGACGCGCGCAGCAGCAGGGGCGCCAUCGGCAGGGACAUAAGCACGAUGGAGUCGGGCGGAAGCUGGGCCUCGGCGUCCCAGAAUGUGGGCGGGCUGGCCCGCUUGCUGACGAGGCUCAGCGGGAGGGCCACGGCGCUCGGGGGCGUCGGCCACGCGGAGCGGCAGCACGAGACGGCUGGGCGCCCCGACAUGUACGCGCACAGGCACGAGGAGUGCAUCUAUGUGUUCGCCUUCGUGCCGGAAGACCUCGCCGAGGCCAUCUGCAGGGGCGAGGACCACGCAGAUGAGAUCGUGUCCCUCUGGAUGAACGGGGUGGCCCUGGACGAGAGGCCGUCCGACGCUUUCGACGGCGCCCUCAGCAGCCCCAGCGCGAGCCGCCCAGCGGGCGCCAACAGCGCCACCGCCAGCAGCGGCGCCAGCCACACCCAGGCCUCCGAGCCGCUGAGCCCCGGGCUCCGGGUGGGCAGCCCCUCCGGCAGCUCCCGGGCCUCGCCCUCCGGCCUCGCCAGCGCGGCCAGCCGCGCCGCCGCUCAGGACGACGGCGCCCGCUGGCGGCUGUCGUCGGCCACCAGCGAGCUGCGGCUGACCUUCGCCUCAGAGGACUCGGACAAGGGCUCGGAGGGCUCGCGCGUCUGCAUCUGA